ACACCAACAAACACAACACAAAGUUAUGCCAAAAUAUUGAAGAGAAAAAAAAAUAUGGCGCUGUAUCGAAUUGAUUAAAGAGCGAAAAUACUCGGUUGAAAUUGGUUAAAAUACAAGCAAGUAAAUGUUUAUAUUUGUGCGUUUCAGUGAAACUGAAAUCCAAAUCAGUUCAUCGUUCAAUCAAUCAUUUGCAUUUGAUUCGAUUGAAUUUCAAUAAAAUAUCGUUUAUCUCGCAUGCAUCGACUGAAUGAAAACAAUCAGGUGAAACAAACGGAUAUUUACGAUACGAGAAUAUGUGCAAUGAGAAACAGGAUCUAAGCAACACAGGCAAAACAAUUCAGUGCAAUGAAUAACAGUAAGAAAUCACAUAAAGGAAAUAAUUUGUCAUCGCCGCCACAGCCGCCAACCAAGUUAAAGAUCAUCACGAAUGGCAAUGGUAUGACUGCAAUCCCAGUAAAUGGAAAAGUUCGAGGCAGGCCUCCAAAGCAGACAUCAAGUACGAAAACCAACCCAUUGGAUGUGUUCACAUUUCGACCGAAUGGAGCAAAGUCAAGCAAAGAGUCGAACACGGCAUCAUCUUCAAAGAGCUAUGGAUCUUACAAACAGCUAACGCAAAACCAAAAAGUAUAUCCAUCAUCGUCGACGUCAAAUAGCAAAUCGAGCGGUAGUAAUAGUGUAAAUAAUAACAAUAGUACAAGUAAAAAUAAUAACAAUGAGAACCGAAGUUCGGGCAGUAUUGUAAAAACGGCGAUGGUCAAACGAAAUAGCCCGACAAAUGCACAUCAACCGGCGCGAUCAUUUCAGUAUGAGAGUUUCCAUGUAUUCAAUUGGGAUGAGUAUUUGAAGGAAACGAAUAGUGAAGCAGCGCCACCAGAGUGUUUUAAACAAGCCCUUAAUCCGCCACCGAACGAGUUCAAAAUUGGCAUGAAACUUGAAGCAUUAGAUCCACGGUGUGUCACAUCGACGUGCAUUGGAACGGUUAUAAAUGUGCUCGGCUCAAGACUGAGGAUUCGAUUGGACGGCAGUGAUAAUCAAAAUGAUUUCUGGCGUUUAGUUGAUAAUUCAAAUGAAAUUCAUGCCAUUGGUUACUGUGAACGCAAGGGUGGUCAACUGCAACCUCCAUUAGGCUAUGCGAAAAAUGUGAACGGCUGGCAAUCGUUUCUAGUUAAGCAAUUGAAAAAUGCAGUACUUGCACCUGAAGAAAUAUUUCUACCUGAACCACCAACGCCGAAAAAGAAUCUGUUCAAGGUGGGACAAAAAUUGGAGGCUGUCGACAAAAAGAACCCACAACUAAUAUGCUGUGCAACAGUUGAUGCGGUUAAAGAUGAUCAAGUCCAUGUAGCAUUUGAUGGUUGGCGUGGAGCAUUUGAUUAUUGGACACGAUACGAUUCGCGUGACAUUUUCCCAGUUGGCUGGUGUACACGAAGUUUACAUCCCGUACAACCGCCUGGCCAUCGAAACAAAUUCGAUGCGGCAAAUAAACGAAAGACAGCAAAGCCUUCAAAUAUUCUGAUACCUGAUGACUCCCUGCCCACAGCAACUCCUAUUACAAUCCAUUUCCAUACAAAAUGCCGUGGCGGACGUUUUAUCAAUAGCUCAAAGCUUCCGUCCAUGGUAACGGCACCCUCACAUCACCUGCUCGCCAAACUUUGCCUACAAGAAAUUUUGGCUGCAUCACGUGACACAUCACAGCUGUCACCUUUGCUAUUCGCUUUGGAAGGUGAAGUCAUCAUUGUCACAGCGGCUGGAAAGAAUUUUACGGUGAAAAUUCCUUGGAAACCAAAUGAUAUGCUGAGCGAUGCUCAAAUGACACAAUUCCUGCAGAUAAUUUGUCGAACAUGCGACGCAUGUGAGAACCUGAUAACUUUGGAUCCGGGUCCAGAGCAAUGUGAAACAUGUGCAGAGGAGGAGGAACGGGAAGCUCUGCUGGAGCAAGAAGAAGAGGUGAGACGGUACAAAGAAACAGAACGAAAGGAAAAAGGGCGUCAGAAUCAGUUGAAAAAAUCUGUGAAAUACGAAACCGAGAGCGAUUCAUCGAGUAGCGAUCGACCGUUAAAAUACACCAUAAAAAAGGUGAAGAAUGAAUACACUUUUGAAAAUGAUAAUGAUCUGAUGACGAUCGGUGUAUCGGAGGUUGAAAGUCCUGCCGAGGAGGAGGAGGAAGAAGAGGAACAAGAAGAAGAGGAAGAAGAAGAAAAUGUUUCGAGUACUACGGCACAAGCAAUUACAACCACCACUACAACGACUACGGGUAGUGCAUCGCUUUCCUUUACCGGACCAGCGACGCCAUUUACAAAUGCAUCAUCACGGCUACCGACCGGCCCACCACAGGAAUGGUCCGUUGAAGGUGUUAUCAAAUUCAUCGCAGACACAGAUCCAGCGUUGGCUGUUCAUGCCGAACUAUUUCGCAAGCAUGAAAUCGAUGGCAAAGCAUUAUUGCUUCUCAAUUCGGAUAUGAUGAUGAAGUACAUGGACAUGAAAUUGGGUCCUGCGCUGAAAAUUUGCAAUCUAGUAAAUCGAAUCGCACGGAGAAAGCACUAAUUAUAUUCGUUGAAGUGGCGCCGUCGUUCAAGAAUAAACAAUCAAAAACUUCGCAAAAAUACAACACUUUUUUUAUAGACACAUAAGAAAUACGUAAUAGCUUUUUGGCAGUAGAAUGGCGAUCUUGUCUUUUAAAUGCGAGAUUGCCCCGUUGAAAUCGAUCUACUCACACAAAUCUCCACAGCCCACGAAAAUAAUUGUAGAAUAGCACUAAUUUGAAAUGAUCUAAAAGAAAACAAAAACAAAAACCUCGUUGUAAAAUUUUGUAAAAUUAUACUUUAGAUGAAGUCUCUUUAGCUUCGGUCUUUACAAUCGAAGUCGGUUCAAUUGCUGAAUUCGGAACAUUGAAUUAUUUAUAAAUAAUUCUUCUUCUAAUUCUUCUUUUAUUUUUUAUUAAUUUUUAGUUGUACCUUCUGUUUCAAGUUGAUUUGAAAGUUUAUGUGUUAAUUCAGAAUAAACACUAUAAAAAUUUUCUCUUAUUUUUAA